AUGACGACGUAUGCAAAGCUCAUGGAUGACCCGAUAGGAAUUACGAAGAGAAAGAAAAACCCGAAAAUUAGAAUAGGAACAUGGAAUGUUCGAGGAACAUAUAGCGAAGGAAAACUCAAACAAAUAGUUCAAGAAUUACAAAGGUAUAAUAUAGAUGUAGAAGCUAUACAAGAGACGAAACAAAAAGGCAAAGUCAUCACUGAAAUAGACAACUACAUAUUAUUUAAUAGCGGAAUUGACAAUAGAGAACUAGGAACAGGAUUCAUGGUGAAGAAGAGCCUGAAAGGAACAGAAAAUAAGCCUACUGAAGAGAAAGAUCUAGAAGUAAAAACAGAAUAUUACGAAGAACUAGAAAGAGAAUAUGUGAAAAUACCAAAGCAUGACAUUAAAAUGGUUAUAGGAGACGCCAACGCAAUGAUAGGUAAAGAGAAUUGCUAUAGGCCAACAAUCGGGAAAGAAAGCAAACACCAAAAAACGAAUCAAAAUGGAGAAAAACUGAUAGAGUUUGCAGGAGAAAACAAAAUGGUAGUCAAAAGCACCUUCUUUGCGCAGAAAGAGAUCUACAAAGGCACAUGGAUGUCGCCUGACGGAAAAACGGUCAACCAAAUAGACCACAUACUGGUAGAAAGGAAAGAUGCCCAACUAAUAACCAGAUUAAGAAGCUACAGGGGAGCAGCAGCGAAUUCAGACCACUUUCUAGUAAGAACAGACCUCAAACAAGAAAUACCGAAGAAAAAAGAAGGCAAGAAGACGCAAUGUGAUAUAAAUGUAAACAAACUUAAGAAAACUAAAGUACAACAGGAAUACGAACAAAAGAUGAAUGAGAGAAUAAGAUCAACAGAGCAAGACAUACCUAUAGAAGAGAGGUGGGAAGAACUACAAGAGAACAUAUGGAAGACCUCGGAAGAAGUACUAGGGUUCGUCAAAAAAGACAACAAAAAUCGAAACGAAUGGUUCGACGAGGAAUGUAGAAAAGCAAUAGAAGCGGGGAGGUCAGCCAGACAGAAAUAUCUAAAAUCAAAAAAUGAGAAGAACCAAAAAGAUUACCAAGAAAAAAGGAAAGAGUACAAGAAGAUAUGCAGAAAUAAGAAACGAGCAAAGAUGGAAGAACAAAUACGACAAAUAGAAGAAAACUUGAACAAGAAUGAAAUAAGGAACUUCUACCAGGACGUGAAAAAAGAGAAAAGAGGCUAUCAACCACGAGUAAUAUAUUGUAAAGACAAGGACGGCAACCUGAUAGGCGACGAACAAGCAAGAAUAAAACGAUGGGCAGAAUACUUUGAAGAGCUGCUAAACGAACAGGAUACACAGCAAGGUACGAACGAAAGAGUGAACGACUCGGAUGACCCAGAUGAAACAAUAGAAAUUGACGAAGGAGAGAUCAGAGAAACACUAAGGCAGAUGAAAAACAACAAAAGUCCUGGUAGAAACGGAAUAAAGGGCGAGAUGCUAAAGAAGGAAAAAUGCCAGAACAAUGGAGUGAAGCAGUCUUCUUCUUCUUGA